AUGAAAGUAAGCGUUGGACACCAGCCAAAGGGUCAGCUAUGGCUGGUCUUAGCCGUGCUGGUUGCCUUUGCAAUGCUCAGUGAGGCAGCCAGAAGCUUGCCACCACCUUCUCUUUCAGCAUCGCCAACGUAUGCUCCUAUCAUUAAGGUGAUAGGCAAAGCAUACUGCUAUAGAUGCUUCAAUGAGGCACACCCAGAAGAAUCGCAUGGGAAGGAGCACCUGGAAGGAGCCAUGGUCAAGGUCACUUGCCAGGCCAAUGACCAAGCAAUAGUGAGAUUUGGCUACACCGAAAGCAAUGGCAAAUACAGUGUGGCCAUUACCGGGUUGCCACUUAGCAGCACCUUUGGGGCUGACUCGUGCAAGGUUGAGCUCCAUGCAGCAGCAGGAGGAUCUGACUGCAAUGUGCCCAUGGAGUUAAAUCUCUCUGGAGUUAGCGUUUACUCAAAGUCCAAUGAAGAAGUGGUUCUCCAAGCCAACCAAGUAAUGGCAUUUGGAUCAAAGAAAACAUUUGCUGGAUGUUCAAAACCUCACAUUCUACCAUCGAUGUAUCCAUCUAAUUCACAGCCACUCCCAUACCAUGCCUCACCUCCAUCCAACUACAAAUCCCCACCAUUACUGCACCAGCAUUCACCACCUCCUUCAAACAAGUUUCCACCUCCAUCGUAUCAGUAUCCAUCACCUCCCCAGAACUUCUACUCUUCGCCACCCCCAUCAAACAACUACCAAGCUCCACCAACAUCUAACAAUCCAACACCAACCCACAAGUAUUUACCACCUCCAUACUACUACAACUCCCCACCUCCAAACAGCCACGUAGCUCCACCGCUGCCAUACCUGCAGUCCCCACCUCCGUACAACUACAAGUCGCCUCUUCUACCAUUGUCACCAGCGCCUCCUCGCCAUUAUAACUCUCGACCUCCAUCUAACUAUGGAUCUUCACCCCCACCUUACCAAUAUUCUCCACCUGUACCACCAAAACAUCUACAACCAAAUGUUCCUCAUGCUAAUCAGCCACCAGCAUCAAUAUCACCACAGCCUCUUUACCCCUACAGCUCUCCACCACCAUAUCUGAACUCGUACCAAUCCCCACCACCACCGAUUCAGCUUCCUCAUGUAAAAUCGCCACAAGUUUCUUCAACAUCUCCACAGCCUCUUUACCCCUAUGGCUCUCCACCAUCAGCAUCAAUAUCUCCACAGCCUCUUUACCCCUACAGCUCUCCACCACCAUAUCUGAGCUCUUACCAAUCCUCACCACCACCGAUUCAGCUUCCUCAUGCAAAAGCGCCACCAGUUCCUUCAACAUCUCCACAGCCUCUGCACCACUACAGCUCUCCACCACCAUCACUUAUGAACUCCCACCAAUCCCCGCCACCACCGAAUCGCCUGUCAUGAGCAUCAAGGAAGGAUUUCUCGAAAUGAUGAGACGUGGGAAGAAUAAACAGAAGAGUUGAAGACUAUCUCAAGAUGAAGAAGCACCGCAGCUGGAGUUUUCAGCUGUGGAUCUCAGUCUCUAAUACUCCCUCCGUCCGGAAAUACUUGUCAUCAAAAUGGAUGAAAAUGGAUGUAUCUAAAACUAAAAUACAUCUAGAUACAUCUAUUUCAAUGACAAGUAUUUCCGGACGGAGGGAGUAUUAUUUACCCAAGUAUCAGUGUUGUUUCAGCUUUCCCUUUGUUUCCUAGAGCUAUUCCAGCAAUGUAACCAUAAGUUGUACUAUGAGCUUUUCUUAGUAUAUCACUGUUCUAUUUUCAAUCCAAUAUACGGCGGAGGUUUCCUUUA